CCUCUUGCAUUAGACCGAGCUCGCGGCGGAAAAGCAAGAGCUGUACAGCGGCAAAGAGGACUUUUCUGUCAGGAGUUUUCAAGGCAUUAUAAGACAAGAAGGAAACCAUCUAAAGGGAUUACUUCAGCGAAGACCGGAUUAAAGAAAAACUCGAACUAAACCAAAUAUACCUGGAAUCAUGACUCUGAACAAAGGGGACAAACUUCGCAACAUGGACAAGAGACGAGGAAGUACGCCGUUCCCCGUCCACCUGCAGACCCUGCACAGGAGAAGCAUGCCCGUUGACGAUCGUGAGCUCCGUUCAACGGCGCCGACCGGAGAACUGUCCAAUCUCACGCGCUGCACAUCCUACACCCCCGGCGACCAGCACAGAGACGGCUGUGUGUCUGAUUCGUCAGACUCCGUCAUCUCUUCCGGCAGCGACGCCGAGGGGCAGGUUUACAAGGUGGUUAUCCUGGGCGAUCACGGUGUUGGCAAGUCCAGUCUGGCGCGGAUAUUCGGCGGCAUAGAAGACUGUCACGAUUGCGACGAACCCGGAAACACGUACGACAGGUCCAUUGCUGUCGAUGAUGAAGAAGCCUCCAUCCUCCUGUACGACAUAUGGGAACAGGACAACAGCCAAUGGCUGAGGGAUCAGAGUAUGCGCAUGGGUGACGCCUACAUCAUCGUCUACUCGGUGACGGACAAGGCCAGUUUCGAGAAGGCCUCGGAGCUGCGCAUCCAGCUGCGAAGGGCCAGGCAGUCAGAGAAUAUUCCCAUAAUCCUCGUGGGCAACAAAAGCGACUUGGUGCGGUCCAGAGAGGUCUCCAUGGACGAGGGCAGCGCCUGCGCCGUGGUGUUCGACUGCAAGUUCAUCGAGACGUCGGCCUCCCUCCACCACAACGUGCGGGAGCUGUUCGAGGGCAUCGUGCGGCAGAUCCGCCUGCGCCGGGACAGCAAGGAGGAGAACGCGCGGCGUCUGGCCAACAGCAAGCGCCGCGAGAGCAUCGGCAAGAAGGCCAAGCGCUUCCUGGGUCGCAUGGUGGCCCGGAAGAACAAGAAGAUGGCCUUCAGGCAGAAGUCAAAGUCCUGUCACGACCUCUCGGUACUCUGAAGCCUCCAUUUUUUUCACACACCUAGACCAGACGCUGUGUGUCACUGGCUUGAGUUUUUCCCCACACCAAAUCCCGUGGACUCGUAGAUUUGUUAAAAAAAAUAAAAAAAAAUGCAUUUGCAACUUUUUAAAACUCUGAACUGAGGGGAUUAGACAUGAAAAAGAUUUUUAAAACUGAAAGUACAGACUGAUGGUGACAAAUCUGCAUGUAGCUUUUGAAGUUUUUAAUCAUUUAAAAAAAAACAAAAAAACUCUGCCUUAAGACUGCAAUUGAUGAAUCCUACUUGUGUCUGUUGGUAGGGUUUCGUCCUGUCAGUGAGUUGACCUUGCUGCUGGACGGCCUUGUCCAUGGAAGCAGUAUUUUACUACUGGUAUUUUGUUGUUAGCCUGUAUGUUGAGGGUACAGUUACUGUAUACAUUAACAACGACAGCAUAGCAACAGGGGGUGCUGCAAUGUGUGGAUUUUUAAGCGGGUGGGAAGGAAACAUUACAGCAAACACUGUGUGAUUUUAGCCAUUGAUCUGACAUUUUGGAAUCAUAUUUACUUGAAACUUAAGUACGCAGGUUCGUGCUUUGGGUGAUAUUGCAAUGACAGUUUUAGGUGGGUUGGGGGAGGGGUGUUUUAGACAGAUUACAUAUUCUUAUAUUGCCCUGGCAUUAAUACUCCGAAGUCUGAAAGAGUGAGUGAAUGAAUGAAUGGAUAAAUGAAUGAAUGAAUGAAUGAAUGAAAUGGAGCAAUACAUUUGACUUGUGUUGUGAAUUUAACAUUGUUUCAGUAGGUUGAAUUGCACAUCAAUUUACUCAACUAAACAUUUUGUUAUAUGUUUACAUUGAUAUUUUAUAAUAAAAAAUAUAUUGCA